CUGUUAUAUGUAAGCAUAACCAAGCAGGAGUUGACUUGGUACUUCCAGUUCUGUUGGAUUGGGAUGGAUCUAAUACUAUAUCACUUGAUUCAAUGUCUUACUUUCAGAUCCAAAUCAAGAAUUGGAAUCAGCUUCAUGAUGAUUAUGAUUGGACUGCUUUGGCUACAAGUAAACUCUCAAAAGAGCAUGCCUUCAAAGGCAGGAUCACAGGGGAAAAUCGCAACCCAUACCUAUCUUUAUAUUUCCAACUGGAUGCUCCAAUACCAGAAUUAUGA